AGAAGGCUCUCGGCAAAGGGGGCGAGGUGAUCUUGCAUGGCUGACAUGCAGCGCAGGAGGCAUUUCAUGGCGUAUUCGUUCAGGUCUGAGCCCUGGAGCUUGAAGAUGCCCAGCAAGCUCUCUGCGAUAGUCCUGAACAGAGGCUGAAGCUGCGACAGCGCAACAACCGGCGCCUUUUCGGCGUCUCUGAGGACGAGCAUCUUCUCUAUGCAGUGAGCGGCGUAAGUAUGCACUACGUGACUGGGGCUCUUUAGAUGGACUGCAACAAGAGGGAGACAGCUAACGAGGAGGUCCUUGGGGAGGGUACUGCGGAAAGUGGUGAUGAAACGGAUGGCAUCGGCUCGCAGGAUGGGUUGUGACAUAAUGUCCGGUUUCUGUAGCUCUGCGAUGCACUGAGAGCGUAGGAUGUCGGGGACGUUCACCAAUUCGCUCGUCUUCGUGAUGCCGUGUUUCGUCGUCUUUGAGCGCAUUGCGAUCGCGGCAAUGAGGUAGAGGGCAGCGUCUUUCGCCUUCCAGUUCUUGCCCGGGUCACGUUCGUACUGCUGCAGCAUGACCGCGAUGUACCCGCUGAAAAUCCCGAUCACCUGCCCCUCGAAAAACCUGCAGAGCCCGCGGACCAGAUUGCAGGCGGAGUAGCGUCGUGUCCCCACGUCCGAUCCCUCCAGGUCCCGCCUCACGUAUUCCUCGGGGUUGUCCUCAAACAGCUCCUCGUCGGCCUCGCGGAAGUACAUGUUCGGGACGAUGACCUUCUCGCAGAUACUGGUGAGCGUCGAUUCGUUGGAGAACAACUCCUUGUAGCACUGUCGCUCGCAGACCGACGCGAGGAACUCGAGGGCACCGCUCACCAGGAGAUCGUGCUUCGGUUUGGUGUCGGUCGUGACCAGCAGCGUCCAGAUCGACUGGACAAAGUUCUGGACGUACGACUCAAAGUCCUCGUCGUACUUCUGCGCAAACAUGGCCACGAUCUCGCAGAUCUGAGCCUUGACCAGCUCGAGGGGCCCCGGUUCUUCAUCGCUGUCCGUCUCGAGGAGCUUGUUGUCGGUGGUGAGGAGCGUGUGGAAGUGGGCCAUCCACGGCUCCAGGUUCUUCUCCGCGAAGUGGUCGGGGAGCUCCUGAGACGUGAGGCUCAUGAACGUCUUGCAGAUGAGCAGCAGAGAGCUGAAGAGGACCUUGAGUGCCGGUGGGUUCUGUGCAUGCUGUGAGGCCAGCUGCAUCGUGGACUGAAAGAGCUCUGAGAACGGUGUCGCGAAACUAUCCAGCACAAACUUGAUCUCAACCCACAGCUCCUGCGACUUGAACUCGUGCCGGUAGCGCCUUGUAAGAGAGUGGGCUGUGCGCAACACACCGUUGAUCUUGUGGAAAUCUCCGCCGCGGAAGUGCUCGACCAUCUCCUGGAGGAGGCCCUGCCAAUUAUUGGGGAAGUCUUCCCGGCCGAUUAUGGUGAUCGCGUCACUCAACUGCCGCUGGACCACGUCUGGCGUCUUGAGCAUCAGGCCCACGAUGUUCUUUUUGAUGGCUGCUCGGUCCGUGUUGGAGACACGGUUUGCCUCGUCAGGGACCACCCGCCAGUUCCUCUUGACAAAGUUCUUGAAGUUGAUGGCGGCCGCCAGGCGGAUGGUCAUAUCUGCAGACUCCAUGUCUGCCAACUGCAGCAGGAGAAGUGCAUAGUUCUCGGUGCCCUCCAGUUGCUCGAGGUAUUUCUCAGCCGGUUUCCGGACGUUGAAGUCGGUGGAGAGCGUCUGGUUCAGGUAGCCGGCCAGGCCUUGCAGGUUCUCGGGCGUAGCCUGCAUCUUCCCCACGAUCAGCCUAAGCCCCGAAGUUACAGACAAAUGUUCGUUCCCUGUUCCCGGAUCGCCUCCGAGCUGUCCAGAUGAUGGUUGUGCUGAAUCAGCGUUUUGUUCUAAAUAGUGCCCAGCAUGCGCGUGGCGAACCUGCUAGCUCUUGCCUCUGCCGCUUUCGCGUCGUGGCUGGCCACCUUCGUAUUCCAAUGCUAUUACCAAGGUCUUCCCGGAGCGCCCUCUGUACACCCCAGAGACGGCGAACCUCCGUAUCCGGGAGCAACAAACGACAACCUUUUCUGGUUUCUUCAGAUAUCGGACAUACAUCUGAGCCUCGUGAACGACUUUGAAGUGAGGGAGGAUCUGGAGUCGUUCUGCACCAGGACGGUUUCCACUAUCUCACCAGCUCUUGUCCUUGUCACUGGUGAUCUGACUCACGGCAAGUUCAGUGGAGGGCGCUACUCGCAGCAGUUCGAGGAGGAGUGGAGGGUGUAUGGAGAGGUUCUGGCAGAGAGUGGUGUUAGAGACAGACUGCCCCUGGCUUGACAUGCGGGGCAACCACGAUGACUUCGAUGUGGAGUAUCGCUCUCACUCCAGCAACAUCUACCUGCAGUACUCGUCGGGUUACCAUGGACACCAGGAAAGCACCCACUCCUACAGCUACACUCACACCACCUCGUUUGGGAGCUACAGGUUCAUCGGCAUGGAUGCCUGCCCCUCCCCCGGUCCUCGGAGACCUUUCAACUUCUUUGGAGUUCUUCACGACGAGGACCUCUCGGUGUUAGAAUCUCUAGAAAACCACCACCCCUCCUCCUCCCCUCCCCUCAACACCACGGUCUGGUUCAGCCACUAUCCGACGGCCACCAUAGCAGGGGACCACGCGACCCUCCGCCGCCUCAUGUCGUCCUCCGUGGCCCACGUCUGUGGCCACCUCCACGACCUCCUCGGUCUCGUACCGACCAUGUACACACGUCACCCCUCGGGCCACCUCGAGCUAGAGCUGGUCGACUUCAAGGACAAAAGAGGGUACAGACUCGUGGCAAUAGACCACGAUCUCUUCUCCUUCGUGGACACUAGACUGGACCACUGGCCUCUGGUCCUGGUCACCAACCCCAAGGACUCCCGUUUCUCUGUCCCAGGCAGAGAGCCACUGGGUCGCAUCCUCCAUUCCACCCACGUCAGGGUGCUUGCAUUCUCUCCCUACGGUGUCAAGUCGGUGCGAGUGUGGCUGGACGGUCGUCCCCUACCCCCUGCCACUGGGGACCAAGAGGGACCACUGUAUACCACUCCGUGGGAUCCAAGUCGUCUGGCCAGUGGUCUCCAUUCAAUCACUGUAGUAGUUGAGGAUAAGGAGGGGAAUGUUGGCAACUCGAGUCAGCAGUUCACUCUGGAUGGCAGCUAUCUGGCUACUCCUCUGGAGAGACUGCCUCGACUACUGCUGCUUACUGACUUCAAAUCACUCCUUCAGAUGGUGUUUCUGUUUGUGUGGCUAUCUCUGCUGGCAUCUCUGGUCCUCUCCUGGAUCAACAGAGCGCAGCCAGUGUACCUUCAGCCACUAGUGAGAAAAAACUCCGUUUUCUUGCCUCUGACAUUUCUAAUCUUCUACCUUGGAUUAGCAGGUUGAGUGGGGGGAGAUCAAAGAAAGAACAUUGGCUCAGCAGGUGAAUACGUUUUUUUGAGCCUCAAGGUCUUUGGGUCAUGCUUUUACAAGUUGGGCACAGCUACAUGGCUUUUAGCAGCUACAGGUCUUUGGGGGUCCAGCUGCAUUGUACAUUGUACAUACUUACUUACUUUAGCUAGGGUCGUCUUGUCUCAGUCACUGAGUGUGUCUGGCUAGAGUAUAUGUAACAUGGGGUGCUACAUCUCUUCCAAAGCCCACAAAAUUUUUACAAAACAUUAAUUUUUACUCCCUCGACAGAAAAUUGAUGCUUAAAAUUGUGAUCUUGUACUUACAUCACUUUUACAGACCAAUAUGCUCAUGCUACAGCUAGCUGUGUGUGUACAUCUUUCUAGUGUGAUGGGCUUCCUUUGUUGCACAAAGAGUGGUCAGAUUGUAGAGUAGAGGGUAUUCACUAAUGUCAACACUGGGAGAGCUUCAGUGGCCUGAUUUCUACACCUUGCACUUUUAUCAGCGGCCCUGCAUGCCUUGGAAAUGUGAUAAUGUGAAUAGAGCGACCUUCCCCCAUGCACCGUUAGAAACCAACCACUCCAUUCCCAAUGGACGUAUAUAAUAUAUACAUGUGUGUGUAGAUAAGAGAAAGUUUGCAGGUUGCACUUUAAAAAAAUUUUUUUCUAAAUAGCAUCAGACUUGUAUAAAUGCAGCUAUGUAUGACAUCUCCUCUCCGAGGUCCGUGGUGUGUAGGUGAGAUAAUGACUGGCGUCUACGGGCUCAUCUCAGUUCACGGGAUACUAGUCUCACAACACUUCAUUCCAGGCUCCCUCACCUACCUCUUUGGAAUGUUCCAGCUCAUCCUGUGGUACAUACCCCUCAUCCUCUACCUGAACCGCCUCCUCUCCCUCCCCCAUUCCUCCUCCCCCUCCUCCUCUCGUCUCCGACCUCUCCUCUGUCACUCCGCCAUGUUCUCACUCUUCCUCUACCACUGCGGCUGGCUCCUCACCUUUGCCCCCUACGGCUCUGUAGCUCUCGUCCUCAGUCCAGGAGUAUCAUGGACACUGCCUUUUAGCCUAUACCUUGUCCUUAGAUCAUGGAGAAGAUAGUGUAAUGCAUUUUGGUUAGGGUAUCAUGGUGUGUGUUUUUAUUUCCCAAACAAUUUCAUGAGUAUCUUUG